GAACAAUACAAGCGACUCCUGAAUCGGUCCAUAAAGUCGAGUGUGUGGAACAAUUGAUUUCGAAAGUCGUGGCAUGGGUGCGCAUGGGUCGAAGAGGUCGGCGCGGUCGAUCAAGCAAACGAUGAUGUCCAUGAUGGGUCGCUCAGCCCAUAGCAUGAAUGACGACGCUUUGAUGGCUGCUGUGUCCAAGGUAACUCCGGACGACACGUCAUGGAACGUCGAGUACCGCCGCCCGCUCGCUUCCUCGGACCAUUACCACCACUACAUGCCAACAAACAUGCCGCUGUGUCCCAUCUACCAGGAAAGCUACGUGCAGGAAUGUGGCCGGUCCUGGAAGCUCAUCUGCAAGGCGUCGACGCCCAAGAUGCGGCCGUACAACAAGGAGGGUAUCGUGCUGUUCUACGACGAGUUCUUUCACCGGUUGUUUCAGCGAGAUCCGGGGUUCUACGACAUCUUUCCAGGCAUCCGAAAGCGCAUCGAAGUGCUCAUCAAGGCCAUGAAGUUCAUGCUCAACGACGCUGGCCUGGAAGAAACUAAAGUCAUCGAACGAUGUCGCAACUUGGGCUACCGGCACAAGACCAUUCCAAAGGUCCAGCCGCACCAUUUCGCAGCAUAUGCCCAGACUUUCGUGGAAGUGGCUAUGUAUUGGCUCGACGUCGAGGCAACUCCUGACGUGGGUGAAGCGUGGAGCAACCUCAUCGGGUUCAACCUCAAGUACAUGCUGCAAGCGUAUCUCCACGACCUCGUCGACGAAUCCGCGUGGAAUCAAAACAUCAUUGCGCCAGUUGCAGCGCGCAAUAGCGAGGACACGGCAAAAAAGCCCCCCGGGGUGAAACCAGUCAAGAAGAAGGGCCAGUCCAAGGUCAAAUUAGACGCUAGCACCAACGUCCACCACUAAAAGUAUACACACAAACACACUCUUAUCGCCACCCCUGGCUUGCAUCGUGCUUGUGUAAGAUAGUUAUAUAUAUGAUUAGCAUUGUUUUCUACGUGAG